AUGGAUUCUUUGGCUACAACAUCUGUUCUUUCUAAUCACUCUGUUCCAUUUUCUACUAACUCCAAAUUGAGAGCCACUUUACAUAGAAUUUACAGAAGCACAACCAAAGAAAAGUUAUGUCUCUCUUUCUCUAGGAAUAAUUAUCUAGUUGGGAGGAAUGUUGUAAUCAAAUCAAGCAGAGAAGGGUCUUAUUUGAAAACCCAACAAGAACAUGGAACUUGGGAAGAACCAGAUAUUGCGAGUGACAGUGAUAGCGAGUAUGGUGUUGAAGAAGACGAGAGCCUUGGAUUUGAAAGUGAUGGGGAAGAGACAGAGACUCCACAAACUGCCGGUGAUCAGGCUGAGUAUGAGGAGAGUAUUAAGAAAGAGGUUGAACAGCUUUUGGAACCAGAAGAAAGAAAAAUAUUGCAACAAAAUGUAACUCCUAACGUAGAAAAAAUAUCAUCUGAAAAAUGGAGCCCACUGCACUCUCUUGCCUUAUCACUUCAAGUUUAUAGCAUGGACCAGCUCAUUCAAAAUGGUUACGAUAUUGAUUUCCUCAAUAAGGAAGGUCUCACUGCGCUUCAUAAGUCAAUCAUAGGUAAAAGGGAAGCGGUUACAAGCCAUCUUUUACGGAAAGGUGCAAAUCCUCAUGUCAAGGAUAAGGAUGGAGCUACUCCACUUCAUUAUGCAGUUCAAGUUGGUGCAAAGCAAACUGUGAAAUUAUUGAUUAAAUACAACGUUGAUAUCAACGUUGCAGAUAACGAAGGUUGGACCCCGUUGCAUGUUGCCAUUCAAAGCAGGAAUAGAGAUAUAGCGAAAAUUUUGUUAGUCUAUGGUGCAGAUAGAAUGAUGAAAAAUAAGGAUGGAAAAACAGCACUGGAUCUAAGCUUUUGUUAUGGAAAAGACUUCAUGUCUUAUGACCUGGCUAGAUUACUGAAGGUAGUUGAAGCCAACUGA